UGUGUGUUUGCAUGUGUGUGUGUGUGUGUGUGUUGACACUCGCACGUGCAGGUAACGAGGCGCAGCGCACAGCGUGUCCGCGCUUUGAUUGGACAGGUGGCGGCGCUCGCGAGCCCUUGUUGCUCUGAAAAGCGCGUGACCUCGGUCAGCUGUGUGAGCGCGCGCGCGACCUGCCCCAGAUCUGAGGUGGUGCCCGGGUCGGGAGCGCGCGCUCGGGCAGUUCCCUGUUUCAGCGGAGAGAAACGCACGCGCACUUCUACUAGAUCUUUCUAAUAAAAAAAAGUAAAAUAAAAUAACGAGGCGAAUCAUCAUUGCAGAACAGUUUCUAAUACUCUGUGUGUGUGUGUGUGUGUGUGUGUGUGAGAUCUUCAGGAAGACUCUGCGCUCACAGGAGUCAAAAGUGAAUUCAGUGCUAGAAAAUGUUCUGAAACACGCUGCUUAAUAUUUUGUAAAAAACUCCAGGAUUUUCUUCUCUUUUUGUUUAUCUUCAGUUAUUUGAUGUUUUGCUCCAGUGGAGUGUGAAAGUGGAGAAAUCGGGCCGAAAAUGUACGCAGGACGCAAGAGAAGAAAAGCCGCACAGAAAGCUGUAAAACAGCCUCCAGCUGAAGGAAUGAAGUCGAAUCCGUCUAAACGUCAUCGUGAUCGUCUGAACUCGGAGUUGGAUCGUCUCGCUCGCCUCUUACCGUUUCCUGAAGACGUCACAUCGAGUCUCGACAAACUGUCCAUCCUCCGUCUGAGUGUCAGCUUCCUGCGCACAAAGAACUUCUUCUCCGUUAGCCUAAAGAAUCACACCAGUAAAAGGUUGCCACCAAACAACAGUAACCAUGACGACAGUAAUGCUAUGAGAUUGGUAGAUGGACGGCUACCAGAGGGGGAACUGCUGCUUCAGGCUCUGAAUGGGUUUGUGCUAGUGGUCACUUCAGAAGGGGUUAUCUUCUACGUCUCACACACUAUUGAGGAUUAUCUUGGAUUCCACCAGGCGGACGUUCUGCAUCAGUGUGUGUUUGAGCUGGUCCAUACAGAAGAUCAGGAGGCUUUUAGGCGUAAUCUACACUGGGCUCUGAACCCUCCUACUGAAGAGCAACAGCCUGAGAACACACAGGACGCAGGUUCUGUCUCUGCUUCCUCUUCAGUCACAUACACACCAGAUCAACUUCCUCCAGAGAACUCAUCUUUCCUGGAGAGGAGCUUCAUCUGUCGCUUCCGCUGCCUGCUGGACAACUCCUCUGGCUUUCUGGCGCUGAAUCUCCAGGGUCGCCUUAAGUUCCUCCACGGACAGAACAGACGACUGGAUGACGGAGGCCAAGCCCCGCCCCAACUGGCCCUCUUUGCUGUAGCCACACCCCUUCAGCCACCUCCCAUUUUGGAGAUUCGCACCAAGAACAUGAUCUUUAGAACCAAACAUAAGCUGGACUUCACUCCUAUGGCCUGCGAUGCCAAGGGUAAAAUAGUCCUGGGUUACACCGAGGCAGAGUUACGAGUCCGCGGCUCGGGCUACCAGUUCAUCCAUGCAGCCGACAUGCUGUACUGCGCCGAGAACCACAUCCGCAUGAUUAAGACCGGAGAAAGUGGCCUGACUGUGUUCCGGCUGCUCACCAAAGACAACCGCUGGAAAUGGGUGCAGGCCAACGCCAGACUCGUCUAUAAAAAUGGCAAACCUGAUUACAUCAUUGCCACUCAGCGGCCGCUCGGGGAGGAAGAAGGAGGGGAGCAUCUGAGGAAACGCUCCAUGCACCUCCCGUUCACAUUUGCGACCGGAGAGGCUUUGUUGUAUCAGACCAGCUUCCCCAUUCCAGGUGUCUCUGAUCACAUGCCAGCCAAAGGCAAGAGCGGGAAAGCCAAGAAAACCAAAGUAUCGAAAGACGAGCUCGACCCUAGCUCUUUGCUCGGUGCAAUGAUGAGGCAAGACGAGUCUGUGUAUGUCUGCCAACCUGCACCAGAGCCUAAAAUACCACACCGGAGCAACAGACCAGAGGAGACCAAUACCUUUUCAACAUCCGGGGAAAGUGAGAACUGGAAUUCUGCACCAAAACAUGCAAACCGAGUUCUCAAGUCUGAAGUGGCAGCUAGUUUUGACCCCCUUCUGGCCACACUUGAUUCCCUCUCGCUAGAAAAUGAAGAAAACUGCUCCAACACCGAGUUGUUUAAUGCUCUGGAAAACCUGGGAUUGAAUGCAGAGGAUCUGGAGCUGCUGCUUCUGGAUGAGAGGAUGAUCCAGGUGGAGAUGGAGCCAGAUUACGUACCUUCUCUCAAUGACCUCCUUACUAACAAUGAGAUAUUGUCCUACAUCCACGAUUCUUUAGAAAACAAGACAAGCAAUGGGGAUAGUCUUGUUCCCCUUACCGGCCCAGACAUUGUGGACCCUAUAGAGGGCUCCUUAAAUCCUUAUAAUCUGCCCUUCUUGGCUGAAGCCUCUCCAGUGAGUCCAGAUGUAUCCUUCCGAACCCCCGAACAUUACCCAUCGCCUAUUGUGCACCUGUCGCAGCAGAUGCAGCAGCACUUGGGCGCUCAGUCCCUCCACCAAAAAUGCAACAGCUGGAUUCCUGAGACACAGGUUAGCCAGGUUUCAUCCCCUCUCUACAAUUCAGUACUUUGUGAUGCAGUAUCUGAUGUCCAGAAUGGCCACUGGAUCCCUCAACAAGCUCCAGAGGAGGUCUCGCAGGCCAACGUCACGUUUCCGGUACCCAGUAAGCAUCAGCAGUCUUGGUUUCAGAACCAGAUGCAGUAUCCAUAUAAACGCAAUCCUAUAGAAGGUGGUGACUCUCAAAAUGGGACUUACUCCAACCUCCAGUGGCACGAACCCAACUACAUAGACCAUCUGGACACCGCUGGUAGCCAUGCUGACUAUAGUAUGUCUGAGGUUGAGUUCAGCAGUAGAUCGGAUGGGGAAUUUCAAAGUGGCGUGGUAACAUCAUCAUCAUCAUCAUCAUCAUCGUCCUAUCAACAGCUUUGUGCAAAACAACCACCAACAAAUUAUUCCUACUCCAGUCAGAACCCCUCACUGGAUCACAUCCUUCCCUCAUUGGAUGUUUAUGAAAUGUUUGAUUCCUCACAAUCCCAUGACUCCACCCACAGACAGAGGGAAAACAGCUUCGUCCUCAACCCCACUACGACCCGCCCAGUCCCUAAUGACAACAGUGUGACAACCACGCCCGCUGACAAGCCCCGCCUACCUCUUACAGAUCCUCCAGCUACUGGCUUCGUCCUGUAACGGAAGCCACGCGACGGACCAAUCAGAACAUCCGCUGGCUCACGUGUCGGAAACCAAGCGCUUGUGAUAUUACUCUUACUAUUUAUUUCAUUGGAAGGGUGAGGGUGUGGUCAGUUACUUUACACAAAUCAUAUAGGUGUGUGUGUAUGUGUGUGUGUGUUUACGAUAUUCACCUGAUACUCAGCUAAAGAUUUAAAGAUGUCACUGGUCUAUAGGUGUGUGUGUGUGUGUGUGUGUGUGUGUGUGUGUGUGUGUGUGUGUGUGUGUGUGAGAGUCACACAUGUCAAUGUUAUACACUGCAAUUCCACUAAAAAAAGGGCAGUAUUAUGUAAAAAUGUGAAAAGAAUUUAUGGGAAAAGUGUCAUUUAUUUAUAAGAUUCUGAAAUGUUUUUGAAAAGGAAAAGUUUUUUUGUUGCCUUUUGCUUCACUUCGAUGCUUUACAUUUUUUAUUGAUCUUUUUUACAUUUCUUUUUACAAAAUUAUGAUUUUUUUAAUGUACGUUUGAGGGAAAAAAUGUCCCUGAUAUGUAAAGGGAAAAGCUAGUGUUAUGACUCGCUUACUAAUAUGACUAAUAUGGUACUCUAGCUACCAUGUCACAUGCUAGCCUAGCGCUGUUUAGCAUCAUUGCUAGCUUCCUUACACGCUUAUUUUUUAUUGUGUUGAGAACGAACAUUCAGAAGGUUUUGUAAAGUUAUUUUAAAAGCCAGCUAGAAUCAUGCUGGAAUACGCUAAGUUAGCGAGCAAUGUUUGUCUAGACGCUUUGCUAAUUAGCAUUCUUACCGUACCCGUCGAGCACUAGGCGCGACGCUUAGCCGUGUUUCAUCUCCCAGCGUCGCUCCAUCCAAGUCACGCUUCUCAAAGAACAAAGUGACGUGUUUCAAAAAUCUGAAAAAACAACACUUUUAUUUGUAUUUGUUUUUGUACUUGAGCAUGCAGAUCUGAGAUUGUGAGUGUGAUUUGUGAGCAGUGUUAGCGUUAGCAAUGGUUUGUCCAAGCAACAAACAUGAUAAAAAAAUUAUACAUAUAUAUAUAUA